AUGGCCGGCAUACUGCACAAACAGAUUGACUUGAAGCAGACCUCUCCAAACACGUACGGUGUCUCUUGGGACGUGGACUGGACCCUUGGGCACAAGUAUGACCCCGCCUUGUUCGGAGGAGGUGUCACAGCGCAGAUUCACCAUGCCGCAGCAACACUUCUUGUCACUGACCCAGAGCUGGCAGCGCGUAACCAGCCCGAUAUCCUGAGCAUGCACCUCGAAUUCCUUCCCGUCACGAGCACGAUUCAGCUGCAGUUGUUGUCUCAAAACGAUAAAGUUAAGGUUGUCGCCCUGGCCACAGCGACCAACUUUGACAAGACCCUAGGUCCGUCUGCUACCACGGACUGGACUCUGCAUCCUUCACCUCCGCAGACGCCGGACUUUGAGCGUGUGGUCGCCCAGCAGCCAGACGAGCACUGGCUUCCGGGCCAUGCCGCGGGGGAGAUCAUCCCUGUGACACGCCGGAUCCUCAUCCUCAACCCACGCGGUGGCCAUAUCGUUGCCGGCGUCUGCGAUGCGUGGAAUAGGUUUAUCGGUGACGAGCGCAUGGACGCAACGUACCUGGCGAUGAUGGCAGACAUCAUCCCAUCGCUGAGUGACACGCUCCUCCGUAACGGUGGGUUGUACGACGGACACGCGUUUGUGCAGAAAUUACAACAAUGGGCCGAAAAAAACCCCGGAGCACCCGCCGUAGUAAGCAACUCCGUCGCUGAGGCCAUGCAGUCCACCACUUUCAACCAGACCGCUACGUUGGAUCUUGAGUUUAAGCGGAGGCUUCCUAGGGAGGGUCAGCGCUGGAUCUUCACGAGAGCCGCGACCAAGAUGCUGCGCGACGGUAGGAUGGAUCUUGAUGUCACCAUGUGCAAUGAGCAGAUGGAGCUUCUCUGUAUAGCGCGCCAGGUCAUUGUGGUUCUCGAGGCGCAGAGGAAAUUCAACGGCAAUAAUGGCAAAUCAACGCUGUAA